AUGCUGGGACUGGGCAAUAGUCAUAUAUACUCAGUGGCUAAUCAAAGUACGGUAUCGAACAUUUCAAGAGAUGAGAAAUACGACUAUGAAGAUGAGAUUUCUGAUGAAAACGAUGAAUCUGGCAUUUCUCUAAGCAAAAUAAGGGCCGAAACAGGAUUUAGCUUGCGUUCAUUCAUCGACCAAAUAAAUGCCAAGACGAAAGCCUUGGCAAUGGCGAGAGAAUUGGAUGCCCAAAGAGGUAUUGUUCAUCAAGAUGCCACCGCCAGUGCCGGAUCAAUUGAUUCAGCAACGAGUGCUUCAAGCGAUCUUCCAAAAAUCAAUGAAAAGGGCACACAUCGAACAUCAAUACGCAGAAUUCCAUCGGGCGCUAGAGCUUCCACUGCACAACCGGAUUUGAGUGCUACGCCAAUGAAAGAUGUAUCUCAAAACGGGAACGCUCAUGCACAAACUAUUAACGAUCUUCUGGUGCAGUCGACGCCUAUAAACACCAGCAAAUCGGCUCCUUCAAGUAGAAACACUCAGCCGCGAGAUCUGCUAAGAGAGAAGUUCAUGGAAAAUCACCGGCCGCAAGCAGAUGUAGAAAAAUCGGUAUCAGAGUUUCCUCAAGACCAUGGCCCCGAAACUGAUCCAAAGCGGAGAGCUGGAUUUGAACUCGAUGGUGCUGAUGUAAACAAUACAGGGACCAAGUUUUCGACGUCUGAUCUUAACGAAAAAGAUGGUAGGAUUGAUGAACUCCAGGCCAUUGUGAAGAAUCGGGACCAGAGGGCUACAGAAUUGCUUGAUCGCAUAAAAACUUUACAAGAUCAACUCUCCACCCAGCAGAUAUCGGCUCAAAUCGUUCAGGAGCAGAUGGCUUCAGAAAAAGAGCAACUGAAAAGGAGCGGCGAUCAGAUCACUUCCAGGGACCAAGAGUUAGACGAGGUCAAGGGACAUAUGAGGCUUCUCACUGCGAACUAUGAAUCUCAGAUCAAUGAACGCGAACAGGAAGUCAAAGAGCUGCGAUGUGAGCUCGAAAAUUGCAAAUCAUCUACCCAGGGUCUGACUGAAAGGAUAUCAGCUCUGGAGAAAGAUAAAAGUGAACUUUCAGGUGACCUACGCUUACGCACUGCCGAAUGUACAGACCUUCAAUCUGCAAGCAAGAUUCAGCAAGAAAAGACUGAGACGGAAAGGCAACAAUACAAGUCCAAACUACAAGAUUCAGAUAGUAUGAUUAUGUCACUCCAGGCGAGCAUAGAAAUCCUUCGAAAAGAACUUGGAACGGUUAAGGAAGCUUUUUCGGCUAAGAACAAGUCUGCAGAAGAUGAGAUCGGGUAUCUAAAAAGUCAAAAUGGAGACCUUAGAAGUGACCUUGAGAAACUUACUGCUCAAUUGACGGAACAGAAAGCUGUGCACAAGAGAGAAAUCCUCGAGGCUGAGAAUAUAGCAAGUGUUGCGCGGCAAGCAACUGACAAAGCUAAUCGUCGCCAUGACAUGUUAGAGAAGCAACACACGGAAUUACAGGGGUUGAGGGAUUCAUUAGAGACAACUAACGAUGAACUCAAGAAGGUCGUCAAGAGGCUCGAACAGCUUUCAUCCGAGCAAGUCCAAACAAUAGGCAAGCUUGAAGAAGAGGCAGAAAGAAAACUGAAAAAAGAAUUCAAUGCACUGUCAAACGCAAAGAAGCAUUCCAAGCAGCUUGAAGACAAGGUAAGGCAGCUUCAGGAUGUUUUACUGACCAAAAAGAAUGAGCUGGAGUCUGCGAGAAAAGAAAAUGCGAUGUUUACGGCAUAUGUUGAGAAGGUAGUUCUUUUCGACAUACCUAUUGGUGAGUUGAUUCGCGAGCAGUACGGUAAAGACAUCUUCUGCGGUCAAUUGGAUGCCCAGUUGAAAUCCAGACGUCCUGAGGUUCUAGGCUUUUUUACCGAUGCUGAAAAGGAAGCUUCCUCGUCCACGUUGCUAAGUUUGCAGGCUGCAACUUCUGAUGUUGAAAGAUUACAGCGCAAUAUCAGCGACGAGUGGGUGACGAAAGUCAAUCUAUUAGAAAGUGAUCUCGCAAACAAGGUAAAGGAAUUGCCGCCGCUGCGUGAGGAAAUCCGAGUCCUCGAGCACAAGUCUCAGGUUCAAGAAGCACGUAUUUCUGAGCUUGAAACAGCCAAACAAGCACUUUUAAAAGACAAAGCAAAAGAUUUGGAAGCGUGUCAAAAUUUGGGAGAUGAGGUCAGCGCCUUAAAAUCAAAACUAGUCGAGAAUCAAAGCAAAAACUUUGUGGAGCUUUGCAACAAAAUUGACGAUUUGAACAAAGAUAAAAGUGGGUUGCAAGCCGAACUACGAGUCCUGAAAGCAAAUUUUGAGGACAAAGAUGUAUCUGCCGCACAGGUUUCCAAGCUUUUGAGUCAGGAGCGUGAAAAACAUGCUGUCUCGCAGGAAGAGCUCCAGCAACUGCAUCAUGAGCUCGAGAGGAUUCGGGGCAACCCUGCUCGUGCCAUAACGUUUCAAGUAGCCUCGCAGGCGCGGCCAGACUUGAAUCGCAAGUUUUAUGACUCUCUUAUGGUUGACGCCGUGAAUGAGAUGGAUCUCACGGAUCUACAGAACGUGGUCAAGAAUCUCAUCCUGCUUUUAGAAAUCCCGCUUCCCAAAAUUACCAAAAAGAUGCCUCUGGUGGCAAUAUACUUGCGCUACGAGAAGAGUGUAUGUUUGCAUUUUGCCAACAAGCUUCAUCAUUUGAUGUUUGGAGAAACAAUUGACAUCAAACGAUACACAAACAUUGUGUAUGGCCAAUACAUCGAGCAUCACGACAUUAGUCGAUUGAACCAUCCAUUAGAGGCAUGUUUGGAUAACUUAUACAAAGCGCUUAGUGUCAAGAUCGUAGCGUCACAAUAA